CACGCCCUAGGCGGCGCUGUUUCAGCCAGAAAAACAAGCAGAGAAAUCACGGAGGUCCACCAACACCUCCAUCACCUCCAUCCCUACCGCCAUCCACCACCCCAUCCUACCCGCUCUCAGCGCGCCCUGACCCGGCCUUGCCCGCGGAACCGAGCGGCGGCGCGUCCGGAGCUCAGCGGACCCGGAGCGGAGCAGCGCGAUGUUUUCGUACCACCGAGAUGACGUCCUCUGCUUCUUCUUUCGCACCCCACGCUCCCCACAACCUCGAGUUGGAAUUCGACAUCUAAACUAAAACAUCUUAAACCUUUUUUUGCUCCCUCGACUCCCUCCAGCUCGUUUCGUCCCCAUUUGGAGAGCAUGGACAGCUCCCCGAAGCUGACAGGAGAGACCCUGAUCGUGCACCACAUCCCCCUGGUCCACUGCCAGGUGUCGGGAUCACGGAGGUGCUGUGGAGGGAGUUCCAUGAGGAGAGGCAGCAACCCGUUCAGCUGCCCGGAGAACCUGGGCCUAAGUCGCACCACCUCCCUGCCUGAGAGGGACGUCCUCCAGCGGGAGGCGCUGGUCUACAGCAGCCUGAUCCAGACAUCCAGUGACGCCUUCGAGGACGAGGGGCUGAGGGUAGGAGAGAAAAUGGGGAAUGGGGGAAGAGAGGACGGAGGAGGAAGAGGCGGAAGCAUGGCCAGCGACACCUCGUCUUUCACGUCCAGCAAUUCCGAAGAGCCACCAGCUCGGGUGCCGCCGGUGAAGUCGCUCCGGCGCAAUCCGUUUCUUCUGGACACGGGCGAGGACGAUAAUUACGAAGAGGACGAGGAUGACGACAGCCACAAUCUGAACGGAUACCUGGAGGACUCCUCGUUCCACUUGCAUGGGAACUCAAACGGGACUUUAGAGAACGGCACAGACUUGAUUCCGUUCCACCUGCACGAGCUGGGAUACACCUCUGGACCUUUCCACUUGCACGAGUCUUUAGAGAAGCCAUGGGGUUCUACAAAUGGCCAGAGAGGUUCACCAGGGAAUAGAGCAUCCUAUGAAUUUUCUACUCGCCUUGAGAGUCUGGAUCUUAUAGGGUUGGAUGGACAACGGCGUCACGGCAGCAGUGGCUCUACCCUGUCGAUGGAUUGCGGAGAGCAUGAGUGGGGCGAGGAGGAUGACGACGAUGAUGACGGUGAUCAUUCGAUGCAGGGUGGCCGAGGAAGCUCUGAAUGUUCCAGCUCAACAGCACAGCACUGUUCCUGCUGUGGACUGUCUCAACCGUAUCCUGAACCAUUUUCCGAACCGUUCUCUGAACCGUUUUCUGACUGUCCUCUAGGCUACGGCAGCGAUUCUUCCUGCAACAGCUCGGACGGCGUCCUCGUCAACUUCAGCACCAUCUACAACAAGAUGAACAACGGCAUCCCCGCCAAGCAAUCGAUCAACCUCAACAACUCAGCCGAGCAGUCCUGCACCUCGUCUGUUUCUGAGCCAGGUCCCGGAGUGGGCGUGACUGAGUUCAGCAGUGGAGGCGGGGCUUUUUACUUGGACUUGCACAGAUCCCCGACAGAACCUUCUCAACCCUCUCUGGCCACCCAGGAAACAGUAGAUCCUUCUUGCCCCUCCUCCUCUUCCUGCCGUUGCCCUUCCCAGCCACAAGGAGGCUCCGUCAAGCUUGACGCUAACUGCAACUCCUACCACAACCACCUGGAGAGCGAGGGGCCGCUGUCCUCCGAAGCUUCCUCCAAUGACCUGGCGUCCUGUCUGCAGAGCCAGGCGCGACUGGUCGUAGCCACCCAGAACUACUACAAGCUGGUGACCUGCGACAUUUCCUCUCAGUCGUCCCCAAGUCCCGCGGGGUCCUCCGUUACUAGCUGUUCUGACGAACACAGCAAGGGGAGUCCCACUCAGCCCACCGAGUACUUCCUCUUCAGACGUACUAAAGAGGAGGAGGAGGAGGAGGAAGAGGUGGAAGAGCACAGGGAAGACGCAGAUCUCGCACAGCAGAGCGACGCAGGGGCGGAGCCAGUUGAGACUGACCCCACCCACCCGAACGUGAUCGAGGGUCAGGUGUACGUGAACAUCUCCCCGCCCGUGGGCAGCGCCUCGGCGGGGGCUCGGCUGCGCUCCCACAGCUACGACCGUAACCUGGACAAGUCUCCCCCCCCUCGGCUGGGCUCUCUGGAGCGGAUGCUGAGCUGCCCAGUCCGGCUGAGCGAGGGCGCCGCCCCCAGCCCGCCCCCUCCGCCCCGCGUCACAUCAUUUGCUGAGAUUGCACGGAAUAAGAGGCGCGGGGGCGGAGCUUCACCGUCACAGAAGAGCGGUGCCGCCGAGGCCUCGUCCUCCUGCCACUGCCACUCCUCCUCCUGCCAAUCCCACUCCUCCUCCUGCCACUCCCACUCCUCCUCUGGAGAGUUUUCCCCCAUUCUGGAGGAUCUGCCCGAGACCCAGAGCCACAGCCUGCCCCCCCUCACGAGAUGCUACAGCCAGGGCAGCUACGACCUGCCCUCCCCCCGCCGGCAUUGGAGCGCAGCGCUCCGAGAUUCACCGGGGGGAGCCGAGAGAGAGACACGGACCAAAGCAGAAGGUGGUCUUUCCAGUUCUACAGACUCUGUCCCCGCUGUAGUCCGAUACAGCAAGGACCAGCGACCGACUACAUUACCCAUCCAGCCCUUCACCUUCCAGCACCAGUUCGGAAAGCCCCAGACUAAGCCCCUGCUCCCCCUGCUGGACGGGUACAUCAGUCAGAUGCAGGCCCGCGGGGUGUCGGCCCCGGAGGGGGGCGAGGAAGACACCGAGGAUGAUGGAGGACGACCUCUCGUUGCGUCCGCUGCCGUCAGACCGUCUCCUCUGGGCAGUUAUUCCCCUGUUCGCCUGCAGGGGGCGCCCAGCUGCUCCGGGAGCUGCUCCACCUGCUCCCCGACGCCCGAGCCCCGCCCGCGGCCGCCUCGCUCCGCCUCCUGCCCCGCCUCCGCCAACCUCCUGUCCAAUCCCACGCCGCCGGGGUCCUCCAAACUCGCCCCGCUGCCGCCCACCCCGCCUCCUGUUCCUCUGACCAAACAGAGCCCGCUGAUCAGCCCUCUGACCACCAGGGGGCAGUGUUUUCACCGCACCGGCCUGACUACAUUACCCACGCUGCCCAGCUCCGGCCUCAGUCCUGUGGGGCAGCUGGAGCCCCCUCUGCAGGAGGAGGGGCUGAAAGUGAUUCCUUCCUGUUUGGCUCAGAGACAGCAUAACGCGCACCACCUGUCUCCGCAGGCUCUGAAAUGGAGGGAAUACAGGCGUAAGAAUCCUCUGGGGGUGGAGAGGUGUAGAGACUCUUCUUCCUCUCCCUCCUCUUCCUCCUCUAAUGCUCUGUCCAUCCGGAGACCCGGCCCGCGAGUCCUGCGCCGCAACGUCUUCGAUUUCCCCACAUCCAAUCACGCGCUCAGCUUCAGCAGACUCAACGGACAGUCAGUCAGGCAGCUGCAGCAGUACUACAGCGACUUCCUGCCCGAUUAUUUCUCUCAGACGGAGCGCCCCCCGGAGGAGUUCUGCCUCUCGCCCGACGCCACCACCGAGGAGUCCAUCUCUGUGGACCUGCAGCAGAAGAGAGGGUUGGUGAAGGCCAUAAACACGGCGGUGGAUCUGAUCGUGGCUCAUUUUGGCACCAGUCGGGAUCCAGGAGUGAAGGCUAAGUUGGGGAACAGUUCGGUGAGUCCUAACGUGGGUCACCUGAUCCUGAAGUACCUGUGUCCUGCGGUGCGGGACGUCCUGCAGGACGGUCUCAGGGCGUAUGUGCUGGACAUCAUCAUUGGUCAGCGGCGUAAUCAGCCCUGGAGCGUGGUGGAGGCGUCCACACAGCUGGGUCCCUCUACUCGUGUGUUACACAAUCUGUUCUCCAAAGUCAGUCAGUACGCAGAGCUGACCAAUCACAGCAUGAGGCUUAAUGCUUUCAUCUUCGGCCUAUUGAACUUGCGUUCUCUGGAGUUCUGGUUUAAUCACAUUUACACGCAUGAAGACGUUAUAGCCGCCCACUAUCAGCCCUGGGGUUUCCUGUCGCUGUCGCAGGGGGCGUGUCAGCCGAUGCUGGAGGAGCUGCUGCUCCUCCUCCAGCCGCUGUCUCUGCUGCCCUUUGACCUGGACCUGCUGUUCGAGCCGCGGCAGCUGCAGAAAGGACAGGAGCACCUAAAGCGCAAGGAGCAGCUCUGCUCCACCCGCCACGGCCUCGACCAAUCGGCUCGCUCCACCUUCCAGCUCAUGAGGGGAGGUUGUGGGGCGCAGGGGGCGGAGCCUGCACACAAAGGGACGGCGGGGGCUGCUGCAGAGGGGGCGGGGCCUCAGAGAGACAGGUUUGUGCUAAGGAGAGAGGGGACGUGGCCUAGAGCAGAGGGGGCGGGGUCUAAGUGGAACACGCAGCGGAGCGAAGGAGCAGGUAGCGAAUGCUUAGAAGAGGGGGCGGGGCUUACGCUGAACGCAGGUAGAAGGAGCGAGGCAGGUGGAGGAGAGAGUGGAGAGAGGGGUGUGGAGAGGGUGAAGGGGGUAGGAGGGGAGGAUGGAGAGAGGGAGAGGAAGAGGGAGAGGAGUAAACAGGCCGGCUGGUGGUUCCAGCUGAUGCAGAGCUCGCAGGUCUACAUCGAUAACUCCGCCCACGGAUCCAAAUUCGUCAAAUGGGAGAAGAGGAAGAAGGGAGGGGCCGAGGGGCGGAGACAGAGCCACCCGCCCCCCAGAGAGGGCGUGGUCGAGGGAGCAGAGGCCAAUCACGAGUCUGACGAACGGGCGGAAACGGAACGAACAAACUCCACCAGUGGGAGAGACCGUAGAGCCGGAAACACCGGAGUCUUCGACCAAUUAGGGCCCAGAUCAGCUCCUCCUCCAGAAGCGUUCAGAUCUGUUAAAGGGAAAGCGUCGUGGAUGGGCAGCCCCCCUGAAUCAGUGCUGACCGAGCUGAAGAGGAGUAAAGAGAGGCAGCCGGAUGGGCAGGACCGCCCUGGAGAAGCCAAGGCCCCGGCAGGAGCGGCGGCAGGAGCGGCAGCGGCAGGAGGAGUGGCAGCAGGCCCGGUGGUGGCGGCGGCAGACGCUUCAGCUCAGAACCUGCGCUGGGGUCGGCUGUUCGGAGCCGGAAACACCAACCGAACAGAAAAGCCCGAACAGAAAUCAACCAAGAACCAGAAGAGCAGAUUACCGUCUGGCUGGCUGAGUUUGGACCGAUCGGUUUUGGAUCUGGUGGUGCAGUCAGUGGGGGUGGGGAAAAGGGCGGAGCCUCACAGUGGGACCUCCCACAGUCCUGAUAAUCAAAACACACCAAACCAAACACAGCAAGACCAAACAGAGGAGACGACCCCACACAGUAACACCACACGUGAGGUGAGGGCUCUCUGUCACCACAUCGCCACGGAACCAGGACACCUGAGCUUCCACAAGGGCGACGUGCUGCAGGUGCUGAGCAGGGCGGAUUCUGAUUGGCUGCUGUGCGCGUUAGGCGACGCCCAGGGCCUCGUGCCCAUAAUCUACGUCACUCUGAACAACGAGGAGUGCCAGGGGCCCGAUGGACCGCAGUGAACACACACUCAACCGCACACACAACCUCGCACACACACACACACACACACACACACUCGCACAUUUAUGGAUUGAUUUAGAGUCGUGUGCAGGCAAUGACUCCUUGGAGAGGAGAGUGUUUGGUGUAUUAUUUAUUGUCCUGUUCUCUGUGCCUGACUCUGUGCUCAGUAUAGAACAGUCAGUCUGAGCUCUUUUAGAGGGAAACUCUUCAGUAAACAGUGCGGAUUGAUAAUGUGAAACAGUGUGGAAAGCUGUGUUUAAAAAGUGCAGUAUUAUAUAGUGAGGUUUUAUAGUAGACUUAAUGAAUCAUCACCCUGAAAUUGGGUAUUGGCUAAGUAUGUUCCAUUAACAGUAAUUUUAUGCAAUUAAAAUCAAUAGAAGGGGGUGUGUCUUUGGUAGAUACCAACAUUCAUGUGACUUAAACCAUGUUAAACAAAGUAUAUUACUGCCACAUUUAGCUAUGUAGAUGGCCAAAUCUGUAAUAUUUGUUAAAAAAUAUAGAAAUCUUUACUGUAUAGUGCCACCAUGAGGCCAAAAUCUCACACUUCACUCAUUUCCCACUCAGUAUUGCUGAAGGAUACGAUACUGCCCUUAAUAUUUUAGUGGAAAAUUAGAGAAAAAAAUAUUAUAUAAUGAAAUACAGUGCUUGGAUCCCCAUAAAAAAGAUUUAUAUAAACCCUUAAAAGAAUGAUAUGAGCUACCGGUCAAAACAUUUAAACCACCCAUUAUUUCUGCCAUUUAAGCUCUUCAGAUCCAGUCAAUAGCUGGAAAUGGUACAAAAUCUAUUUUUUUGUACAAACAGUUUCAGUAAACUGCCAGGGCCUUUAAAGAAAACUAAAAACUAAAGAAAAUAGAAAUAAAAAUAAUAUAUUGUAAAAAUAUAUUGCAAAAAAUCAAUUAUAAUUAAUAUGUUGUUUUAAAAAGAGGGGUAUUUUUAGCAAACAAUUAUUUUGCUAACAGCUUACAACAUGAACUGAGUUUGGAAAUGUGUUUAAAAAAAUAUACAUUUCCAAAGUCUUGGUCUGUAGUAAAGAGAACUCUGUUAAAACUAUUAAAAGUAGAAUUUCUUUUCUUUAGUGAAAUUACAGAUGAAGCCAGAGAGUGGUGAGUACUGUUUCCUACACCUUCAAAUAAAGACUCGUAGAAACUGGAGAAAAAAACUGCUACAGGAAGACGUCUGGCUGACCCACAUGGAAACAGCAGCUUUAGCUUUAAGCUCAUAAAAUAAAAAUAAAAUAAUAAAGCAGAUUGUCUUAGUCAUACAGCACUGAUACUGAACUACAAAACGUUUUGACCGGUAGUGU